CCUGCCCACGGAGACCAAGGCGGGUCCUUGACUUGAGGCUUGAGCAUGAAGAGUCGUUUUCAGGCCUUUCUGGAGCCCCCCAGGUAACCACAGCUCUGGCCGCAGCUGUCCACACCGAUGCCUCGCGUGUGCCUGAGUUCUGCUGUUUUCUUAGUGGGCGCUAGGGAUCCUGUUCAGUGCGUUUAGGGGUUUUUGUGGUGGUGGCGGCGGUGGCUGCUUUUUUAAUUUAUUUUCUUCCUUGGACCCGGGCCCUGCCCUGCCCCCGCUGGCAUGAUGGCCCAGUCCAAGGCCAACGGCUCACACUACGCGCUGACCGCCAUCGGCCUGGGGAUGCUGGUCCUGGGGGUCAUCAUGGCCAUGUGGAACCUGGUGCCGGGGUUCAGCUCCGGCGAGAAGCCCACAGCCCAGGGCAACAAGACGGAGAUAGGCAGCGGCAUUCUCAAGAGCAAGACGUUCUCCGUGGCCUACGUGCUGGUGGGGGCUGGGGUGAUGCUGCUGCUGCUCUCCAUCUGCCUGAGCAUCCGGGACAAGCGGAAGCAGCGGCAGGGCGAGGAGAUGGCGCACAUCCAGCACCUGCCGGGGCCUGAGCCUUGCUCACCCUCGUGCCUGUGCUUGUUGUCUUGCAGCCAGGAGGAGGAGGAGGAGGCCUCGUCAAGGUACUACGUCCCCAGUUACGAGGAAGUGAUGAACACCAACUUCUCAGAAGCCAGGGAACCAGACCACAGCCCGAGAAUGAGCAUCUCUCUCCCCUCCUAUGAGUCCCUGACGGGGCUGGACGAGACGAGCCCCACCACCCCCAGGGCUGACGUGGAGGGCAGCCUGGGGCACCCACCCGACAGGCAGAACUCCAAGUUGGCUAAACGCCUGAAGCCACUGAAAGUUCGAAGGAUUAAAUCCGAGAAGCUUCACCUCAAAGACUUUAGGAUCAACCUGCCGGACAAAAACGUCCCUCCUCCCUCCAUCGAGCCUUUGACUCCCCCGCCACAGUACGACGAAGUCCAGGAGAAGGCCCCCAACGCCCGGCCCCCCGACUGACGGCCCCUCUCUGGGGUGUUCCCUCCAGUCACUCACCCUCCGCACCAACAGACCCCAAUGAAGCCACUCCAGCCACAGUUGAGAAGCGAGGGGACGGGUGCGGACUGAGCAGUUUCGAAUGGGGGGUGUGGGUUGGGGAGUCCUGUGAGUCUGGGGUGGCGCACGUCCACAGAACCUUCCGUAGCUGGCGCACUGGACGGAGAUGCUGUCUCGGAUCCCGUGAUGCUGCGGACCCCAUGGGGGGAGGGGCGGUGCAUCUUCCCCAUCGUCUUUCCUCAACUGAAUCGGUGAUGACAACAGCCUCUUUCCGACCGGGAAAGGAUGCCUAGUGACUGUUGUGGUUUGGUUUUGCUUUUCACUGUGACUGUUUUGUCUCCAAAAGAAAACAAGUUAAGCCUUUGCUUUCUUCACCGGAGUCCCGAACCGCGUGUAGCAAAUACGACUCAGCUCUGUGGCAAGGGCGUGGGGCCGUUUUGUGAAUUAAGCAGAACAAAAGGCUGGAUAACUCUGUGGGGUGAGGCCCAGGUGGGGUUCUCAGAGCCCGGACGCCGUUGGUUCUUGGAGGUCCCGAGGCCUGAAGAUGCUGAAGACCAUCGUCUUAACCGGUACACUUGACUAGUCCCUCCCGUGCAACGGCAGGAAAGCUGGAGGGGAUGUUCCAUUCCUUCUAAGAUGCCGUGCAGCUGAGCUUUUUAUAAUAAAAUAUUUUAUUUGUUGUA